GACCACGAACAAGACCCACGCCACGUCCCUCACAACAAGACUUCGCAGGAACUGCCACUUCAGCAAACAAACACACUUUUCGGCAUCGACAUGACAGGCUUCUUGCAUCUCCCUGCUGAGCUGCGCAACCGCGUAUUCGAGCUUGUGAUCGCCCACAAUCAACUCAUCAGCCUUUCCAGGACCGUUGGCCAAGCCAAGUCUCCUUAUCAACAGAACGACCCCGCGUAUCAAGAUCAUGAAGCAGUUCUCCCACGACUUCCAGCAUUAGCCGCAGUCAAUCAGCAAGUGCGCACCGAAGCUCUUGCAAUUGUUUAUGGCAGCAACACUUUCACAUCCCACACCGUCACUUGUACGCACGUCUUCCUGAAAAGCCUGGACAAACAAUCCCUCACCCUACUUCGCGAUGUGCGCUGCACAAUGUACCAGAUCAGCGCCGUUCAGCAGAUUCUCAUUCCCAAGCUCACGAAACUGGUCGAAAUUUACGGCAGAGGGGAUUUGAGCGCUCACGCGGCCAAAGUCCCGCUCCGGACCAAGCGCGUUGGAACUGGAGGGAGCGAUGAGAACUUUGAGGUGUCUUGGGUGAGUUUGGCAGAGCUAGGGGUAUGGGAGAGAGAUCCGAGGGAUAUCGAUAUGGUGAGGAAGAGGACGCUUUUGAGUGGCUAUUAGCCUUGGUACGGCGUCGAGGGCCGGUGAGAAUUGAUCUCCACAGCACGCGCCUGUCCGCUCAGCAUUCGUCUUGCGCAUUUGGCACCUUCGAUUCUGGCUCGAGUCGCAGAGGCAGCGACAGCCAAACCCUGGUUCCAGCUCGACUCAGUUGUAUGCAUUGGCAGAUAUCGACUACAUGAGCUUCACAUGCAGCAAGAGAAUCAGUGGAACGUUCUUCCAUUUUUCUCGCUCUCCGAGACCAUCAAGAAGCUCAAAUUCAA